AUGUACGAGAAACCUGCGGAGAUAGUGGGAACUCCCCACCCGAGGAUCGCUGACCACUAUUGCGCUUUCCAUGAGUCAAAGGGGCAUAGUACAGAGAAUUGCAGGUCCUUGCGGGCCUUAAUUGAGAAGUUUAUCCGGAACGGGAAGCUAGUCCGUUUCCUGGCAGGUCAACGGGGUCCGCUUGGGUUUGAUCGGAACCCCCAGCCCGAGGAACGGAGAAAUCAGCCGCAGAGAUAUCGGGAAGAGCCCAGAGAAAGGAUGGAACGUCCCCGGGAUCGUGAUAGAGAGCCUAACAACCGACCUGCCGACCGGGACAGGCGAGAGAGAAGCAGGAGCCAAGCACGGCUGCCUGGUCGGGAAAACCUCCGCGAAAUUCAUACAAUAUCCGGCGGUUUUCUAGGUGGAGGAGACUCAAGUGCGGCGCGUAAAGCAUAUGCGAGGCACCUCAAGGAGUUCGAGAUAUACUCGGUCCAGAGACCACGAAGAUGA